AAAAAAAUCAAGCUGUAAACUUUUUCUAAAGCCUUUUUUUCUAACCCUAAAACAAACAAGGAAUCUGAAUCUGCAUUAUUUCUUCUCCAUGCAAGUUCCAAACGGUAAUAAUUCGACGACGGAGAAAGAGGACGGGAAGAUCAGGCCGGAGGUGAAAAAGAAGAAUACUAUGACGGAAUCAGAUCAUCAUCGUCAUCGUCGUCAUCAUCAAGAUAAUAAUCAUACACGAGAUCAAGAACAAGAUAAAGAUCAAACAUUGCCUCCAGGGUUUAGGUUUCAUCCGUCUGAUGAAGAAUUAAUCACUUUUUAUCUAUUGAAUAAGAUAUCAGAUGCUAACUUUACAGGAAGAGCUAUUACUGAUGUUGAUCUCAACAAGUUUGAACCUUGGGAACUACCAGGGAAGGCUAAAAUGGGAGAAAAAGAGUGGUAUUUUUUCAGUCUUAGAGAUAGAAAAUACCCAACAGGAGUGAGAACAAACAGAGCAACAAACACAGGGUAUUGGAAAACCACUGGGAAAGACAAAGAAAUAUUCAAUUCCAAUACUUCAGAAUUGAUUGGAAUGAAGAAGACAUUGGUGUUUUACAAAGGCAGAGCCCCAAGAGGAGAAAAAACCAAUUGGGUUAUGCAUGAAUAUCGCCUUCACUCUAAAACUGCUUUUAGAACAGCUAAGGACGAAUGGGUGGUUUGCCGAGUAUUUCAAAAAAGCCCUGGAGCUAAAAAGUAUCCCCCAAACCAAUCAAGAGCAGUCAAUCCUUACGUCAACCUUGAAAUUGCCCCUUCUCUUCUCCCACCAUCCAUCAUGCAACUCGGUGACCCUGCAGCUCAGUAUGGCUACGGAAGAAACCAUAUAACCAGCACAGAGCUCGCUGAGCUUAACCGAGUGCUGAGAACCAGUGGAGGUGGCAGCGGCAGUGGAGGGUCGACUCAUGGUAUCAACUUAUCAAUGCAGCCCCAGUUCAACUAUCCAACUACAGGAGGUUGCUUCACAAUAUCCGGGUUGAACUUAAACCUUGGAGGAGCUGUAUCGCAACCAGUUUUGCGACCAAUGCCACCACCAGUGGCAACAACAAUGACAAUCAGUCAUGAUAUUGCUUCAUCCGUCAUGGCCAGUACGAUCGCUCCCGAGACUGCCUACGGGACGGAGAUCAACAACAAUGCCAAUGGACCUAGCAACAGAUUUAUGAAUAUGGAUCAUUGCAUGGACCUGGAGAAUUACUGGCCUACUUGGUAAAAUGAAGCAGCUGGGUUGAUCAUACCCAAGUUAUGCAUUACAUUUCCGAGUAAACACCGAAGAAGUUGUUGCUACAGUUUCAUAGAGAUAGUUCUCUUCUUUUCUUCCACGUUUCACAAACCCAGCUUUUUCCGUCAUUGUGUACCAUUUAACUCCGAAAUUGGAGUUUAGUUGUACCAGUAAGCAGUCAAACAGCUCCUUUUUCAAUUACCUAAUAUCUAUGAUCUUAUAGAUUCGACCUUGGGAGUAAUCGCUACCCAUGAUUCCGAAUCAAAGUCUGUUCCUAACAAGACUUCAUAAUCUAGCAGCUGAAAGGCCCUUCAGUAGCAAAGUUCCAUUCAAGCUGCUAACAUCACACAGAAAGUAAACUUGAACGGUGAAGAUUAACAAGAGAUGAAAAUUUGAAAUAAUUUAUUUUGACUUCGUGACUAUUUUACAAAAUAACACAAUGAACAAAAAACUUGGUACAGCUCUGGUAUCGCAGUCAGACAUGGAAAACAAAGUACAACUUCUAAACUUCUUGGAUACAUUUAGCAGCACGUGUGUGACGAUCGUGGCUAACAAAGGAGAUGAAACUGUUAAGAGCUUAAAAAAAA